AAGUAGAUAGAUUUGUGUGUAAGUUGGUUUAGAGAUAUUAAGUUCAACCGUCAGAAUUGUUAUCAUCAACCAAUUACCCUCUGCACAUGAUUCUGAUGUAAUUUGGACAAGUAAUAUUUAUAUAUUUCGAUAAUCAUUGAUUAAUAGUCUUCAUUUUUUAGGUUUUUUUUCGAAUGAGUUCUGUGAUCAAUAUUAUUCUCGUGGAGACUAAUAUUUAAAAUUAUGGAUGGAAACCCUAGUACUCUUUCCAUCCUAUCAGAUAAGUAUGUUUUCUUAAAUCCAAAUGAAGAUCAAUUCUUAUGUAUAAAAAAUUAUUUGGAUAUAGAAUUAGAUAAUGGACAAGGUGAAUGCUUUAUAGAAUUAGGUAUUGGAGACGGACAAUGCCCUGGACUUACUCCACAAGAAAUGACUCAGUCUGUAUGUACAGCUGAACGUCUUGCCGACUCCUUAUCAUCACAUUUAAUUCAUUUAAGAGAUCGCUGGAUAACAGCUGGAUCACAAUCUUCAACAACGACGACAACACAAUCAGGUUCAGGUGUGGACACAACAACAAGACCAUCCAGUGCUGAAAAUAGUCACGGCAGUCCACAUCGGCAUACUUUAAGUAGUUCGUCUGGAGAAGGCAAAACAAAAGGAAAUUCAGUAAACAUAGAUGAUGGGAGUCAAUCAAAACAAAGCAGUUAUUCGACUGAUGAUAAUAAGAAACUGUCUAGUCAAAAUAUGUCAGAAACAAAUGCAACUGAUACUACUAGUACUAUUAGUAGUAGUAGUAGCAAUAGUAGUUCGGCGACAACGGGUUGUUUAGUUAAAGAAUAUCUUCUUCGACGGAAAACUGCUACAGAUGAUUUUGUAGAUGUUCGUGUGGCAGUUGUAGGAAAUGUGGAUGCAGGCAAAUCUACUUUACUUGGUGUAUUAACUCAUGGUGAAUUGGACAAUGGUCGUGGUUUAGCUCGUUUACGUUUAUUACGUCAUAAACAUGAAGCGGAAUCUGGACGUACUAGUUCAGUGGCACAUGAUAUAUUAGGUUUUAGUUCACUUGGUCAAGUAGUCAAUAAACCUGUACAUGGUCAUUUGAAUUGGUCUGAAAUUUGUGAAGCUUCAGCCAAAGUAAUCACAUUCAUUGAUUUAGCUGGUCAUGAACGUUAUUUAAAAACAACUAUAUUUGGUAUGACUGGUCAUGCACCAGAUUAUGUUAUGUUUAUGGUUGGUGCUAAUGCUGGUGUUAUCGGUAUGGCUAAAGAACAUUUAGGCCUGGCAUUAGCUUUAUGUGUGCCGGUAUUUGUUGUAGUUACAAAAAUUGAUAUGUGCCCACCAAAUGUACUACAUGAAACAAUGAAUUUGUUAUUUCGUAUAUUAAAAUCACCUGGUUGUCGAAAAAUUCCAGCAUUGAUAUCAUCAACAGAUGAUGUUAUUUGUUGUGCAACAAAUUUCACCUCCGAACGUAUGUGUCCAAUAUUUUCAAUUUCCAAUGUAAAUGGUACAAAUUUAGAUUUAUUAAAAUUAUUUCUUAAUUUAUUACCAUCAAGAUCAGAGCCACGAUUAAAUGAAUUAGCCCAUUUUCAAAUUGAUGAAAUAUUCUCUGUACAAGGUGUUGGUACAGUUAUCUCUGGUACAUGUUUAUCUGGUAUUAUUAAAUUAAAUGAUAUUUUAUUACUUGGUCCUGAUUUAUCAGGACAAUUUAAUCCAAUUUCAAUUAAAAGUAUACAACGUAAACGUUUAUCUGUGAAUUAUGUACGUGGUGGACAAACUGCAUCAUUUGCAUUAAAAAAACUACGACGUAAUCAAGUUCGUAAAGGUAUGGUAUUGUUAGCACCAGAAUUAAAACCAAAAGCAUGUAUUGAAUUUAUUGCUGAAGUAUUAAUUUUACAUCAUCCUACAACUAUAUCAGUUGGUUAUCAAGCUAUGGUUCAUGCUGGUCCUGUACGUCAAACUGCAACAAUAUUAAAAUUAAAUUCACAUGAACGUUUAAGAACUGGUGAUAAAGAUAUGGUUGUAUUUCGUUUUAUAAAAUCUCCUGAAUAUUUAUAUACUGGUCUACGUUUAAUAUUUCGUGAAGGUAAAACAAAAGCUGUUGGUACUGUUAAGGAACUAGUUCCGUAUUCUGCUUCAAUUCAACAAAAUCCACGUGCUAAACUAUUUAAAAGAUAUGUUACUAGUAAGACAAACCAACCAAUAAAUAAUACUGGAACGGAUGAGAUAAAGACGUCAAGUAAUACAUCAUCACUCCCUAAAUCAGCCGACUAUACCAGUACUACUACUAAUACUAAUACUAAUACUACUAGUCAACCAGAUACUACUGAAUUGCCUAAUAUUCCUGUUUCUGAUUUAUUAACUAGUAAUAAUCUUAAUGCAUCGGUUAAUUCACGACAACGUAAAUAUCAUCAUCAUCAUCGUACACGUAAAGAUAUUACUGAAUAAAUGAGACAAUAAUUUAACUCGAACCUCUGUCACUGUGUCCAAAUUGAAACGAAUAUUAUCAUCGACAAGUUUAAUAUUCAUUUCUUAAAUGAAAAUACAUUUUGUUUGGUUCUGUGUGUGUGUGUGUUUUAAAACAAUCAUUUUGUUUUUCACUUUUUUCUAUUAUUUUCAUUGUUAAGGAAUCUAUACAUAGAAAGUAUCUUAUUCUUAUUCCCUAACAAUUAUAUUACCACUACCAUAUCCCACUCCCUCUUUUUGUCUUUUUCUAACUUAACUACUUAAAUAUGAAAAGAGUAGUUAGUUUAUCUAUGAUAAUCUUUUGAAAUACAUUACAGUAUCAUGUCGAAUCUUUGUUACAUUGACCAAAUAUUUGUUUAAGUUGGUUCCUAUUCAAUACUUUGUAGGUUUACACUUUUCCUUAUUGUUUUCUUUUUUCACUUUCUUCUAAUGCCCAUCGAGAAACAUAUGUUUUGUCACGUGAUAAGUACUAUUUUUUUUAUACCGUACUGUCUUUGCAGAGAAAAAUUACUAUUCGUUAUCCAUAUUGAUCUAAUGUGAUCCUCAAUCACUGUGUGUUUAUUUUUAUGAUUUUUUCACACACACACACACACACCCCAUGUCACUUUUAAACUUUGUCUCUUUUUUUUUUCUUGAAAAGGAAUAAGGGAUUAUAUUGUUGUAUUUCCAGCUUUUAUAGUUUCUGUGUACAUAUGUAAAGAAUUGAAAAGUUCUUGCAUAAAUAUAUUUAAUGCAAAUCAUAUGUAUUCAUUAUUUAGUUCCAUUCAAAUUAAACUUUGUUCAUAGUUUGAUAGAAGUCACUUGACAAUGUUCUUCAUAUUGUAUUUGUGACUUAUCAGCAAUGCAUACUCAUCAUUUUAUACAAGACUAAAGACAGUAUCUUCAAAUCAGGUGGUAACCACUUUAUUAUAUCAUCAAGUCACUGACACAUUAUCCAUUCGUUCAGAAUAUUAGUUUGUAAUAGAAGGUAGUUUCUAUCCGAUUUCACUGGGUAUAUGUCUGGUUCUUUGACAUAGUCAAACUAGAUCAGUUAUAUAUAACGACCUCUCACUAGAAUGUCAGGAGUUUAUCAUAAAGUUAUUGAAUAGUUAGUGCACAAUUAUGACUGAUUAUUUAAGUGUGUGUGUGUGUGUUCGUGAAGUUUGUUCAUUGAUCCCAAUUCAUAAUGUCUACUAACUUUUCCAUUUUAUUUUAUUUUUUCUUAUAAAUCCUACUCAAUAUAAUAAGUUCGCUUGAAAGAAGAAACUUAAAUGCACUAAAAUAAUUCAUUAUUAUUAUUGUUUGGUCGAAGAGAUUUUAUGAUUUUGUACGUUGUAUUUGUCAUAGAUUGAUCUCAAUUAAGGUAAGAUUGGUAGAUAACCAGGGAACACUAGUCAUAUGUUUCGUUCUCCAGUAUGACACCUCUCAACAGUGUUUACCUAUAGCCUUUUAAUCAAUACGCUAGAAAAAAAAAAAAAAGAUAUACGAUCGUGACUGGAUUUUAUUAUUGUUUUCAACUAAGAGUAUGUUAGGAUUUGAAAAGAGAGAGCUAUCACGGGUUCACGUAGUUUGCGAACGAGAUCGAG